AUGUCUGCCGCAGUACACGACUAUCCUGAGGAGGCCGGUCGCACCCCUACCACACGUCCACCCAUGGGUGAUCAGAAGCUCACUGGCACCGAGGGCCCAUCCAUCGCACCUGACAAUGCAUGCGAUGAGCCAUCGCCGUAUGCACCGGGCGGCUAUGGCAAGAAGGCCAUCGCUACUGACCCCGUCACCGGCCAAGGUUAUGAUAAGGUUUACGGUGUCCGACCCAAGACGACAUGGCAUCUGAAGCCAGCAGCUGAGCGCAACCUCUGGGAGUUUAUCGCUUCCAUGGAUCUCGCUCCCGAUGUCUGCUAUGCCAAGCGUGACACUUCGGAGAAGCUGCGCGGUCCUCCUCCAACCCAGCCAAUCUGGAAGGAAAAUGUCUUCAUCCUCACCACCGCAUCUCUCGCUCCUCUCCUUCACACUGUGUGGAAUGUCGCCUUGCCCGACCACACGAUGCAUUGGGCACCGGCGUGGCUCAUGUAUCACACCUGCUUUAUCCUCUUCGCCAUCGCCAUGAUCAAGCGUCUUCACUGGUACAUGGCUGAAUAUGGUACUCUUGACGAGCAGAAUCGUGGUCGUGACAUGGUCGACGACAAACACGUCAAUCACCUCGGCCAGUCGAUCUUCAUCUACACCAUCUUCCGUACUCUCGGCCCUUUCCUGCUCGCAUGGCGUGGUGACAUGACCAACAUCUGGUCCGGUCUCUCUUGGGCUACUCCUCUCAAGAUCGGAUGGUGGGAAAUUGCUCUCGACUACUGGUUCUACCUAUACCACCGUUCAUGUCACGAGUUUGAUGUCCUUUGGUUUGUGCACAGACAACACCAUGCAACUAAACAUCCCACGCCCGUCCUCUCGAUCCUUGCCGACGACUACCAGGAGGUGCUAGAGGUGUUUAUCGUUCCUUUCCUUGCAACUGCCGUUUCGCCCAAGAUGAAUUUCAUCGAGAUGUGGCUUGUUAUUUGUUACACUCUUUAUGUCGAGGCGCUCGGUCACUCUGGUAUUCGAGCUUACUGGGCUCAUCCUGUUCUCGGUGCUGUCCUUGCCCCCUUUGGUAUGGAGUUGACUGUUGAAGACCACUCGAACCACCACUUGUACGGCAAGGCUGGUAUGAACUACGGAAAGCAGACCCGUGUUUGGGACAGACUUUUCGGUACCGUUGAUCCUCGCCGUGAGACUCAAGAGGUCGGUAUUUUCGCCUCCUGA